AUGUCGCUCCGGCCCUUCUUAGUCUGCGCUCUUCUCGCUCUCAUCGUGUGCGUAGCGGAAGCGGAGGUGACGAAAUCCGCUCUUAUCAGCGAGCUUAAGAGUGCUCGCAGAGCCAUAACGCAGUUGAAGUACCUGGGGCGGUACUCACUCGUCGCCACCGCCAUAGAUGAAGCCCUUCCGAAAUUGGACGACAUUCCCGAUGAUGAGGACCUAUCCCAAGCCGACCAGAAGACCAUUCUCCUCCCGUCGAACACGGCGCUCGGACCGGCCGGGCUCGGCACGCUGAUUAAAACGGGCGCCGCCCCGAGCGCGAAGCAAGCUGUCAAGUUCGAGAAAACGGGUCUCAUUAAUGUGCUGGACGGGUAUUUCACGUUCAACGAGAUCAAGAAACGCAGCAGCGUUCCGACCAUGCUGGAUGGCCGCCGGCUGAAAAAGUAUUUCGUUCCGCUGCCGAUGCGCAAAGGUACCGCGUUCGCUCUGGGGCAGAGUAACAAUGGAUUGUCGUGGUCGCAGAUUGUGCAUCCGGGGAUUUACAAGGGAAGGUUCUUCAUCUUGCAUGGUGUGGACGCUCUGCAGCAGGCGUAA